GUGGUGGUGCCGGCUCGCCAGGACUUCUAUGGCGUAGGGGUCAUCGAAAGCUGGGCCGCCGCGAGGCCCGUGGUGGGCAACACCUGCGGGGAGCUGCGGCAUCUGAUCCAGCCGGACGUCACGGGGUACAUGGUGGACCAGGAAGCUGGCAGCCUGUCCUGGGGCCUCUGCAAGAUUUGCGAGAACCGCGAGCACGCGCGCUGGAUGGGGAAGCAAGGCUGGCAGCAAGUUCAAAGCGGCUUCCUUUGGGACACCAUGGCAAAACGGACGGAGGACCUCUACAUCGAGCUGCUGGGCUUGCAGGAGGCCCCGCACACCCCGCUGCCGCGCCGGCCCCGGCCGCUGGCGCAGGCUCUGGGCGAGGACGCGCUGCCGGUGCUCCGGCUCUGCCGCCUUUUGUCCUUAGCCUUCGGGGGCGAUGGUACGCUCAGCUGCCUGGGGAGCGACUUUGGGUGGAACGGCAAGGUGGACUACCCUAGGAAGGGCAACGAGUACAGCGACAAGCUUGCAAGGAUUCCCACGGAACUGGCACGGGACAAAUCGUCGAAGAACAAGUUCUUGGCCAUGUUCCAAAUGGCUUUGCUCCGCACGGAGCGCUGCCUGCAGUGGCUCGCCGACCCGGUGCCCAAUGUGGUCCUACAGGAGGAGAGGAAGCAGGCGCUGGUCCUCACGCGGGGCUGCGCCAUCUUCGCCUUCAACUUCAGCGCGAAGAACCUGCCCAGCCUCAGCUUUAGCAUCCCGCAGCUGAAAGGCGUGAGCUGCGAGUUCAAGACCGUGCUGAACACGCAGGACCACCGCUUUGGCGGCUCUGCCACCACGGCGCAGUGUGUGGUGGCGGUGAACGAUGGCGAGAUGCAGCUCUUCCUCGUGGCUCAGAGCGCCAUGGUGUUGGCUCCCACCGCCCACGCCGAUGCCUUGCUGACGGACAAGACGCUGCAGCUGCGCUCCGCGGACAGCUUCAUCGACUUGUUGGACUCGGCCGCGUCGCCGGUGACACAGGCGCCUGCGCUCUCCUUUGAAGACUUGGCCGCUGCCGCCAGGGAGGCCGCUGCGAAGAAGCAGCAAGCAGCGGCUGCUGCCAAAGAGGCUGCUGCAGCCGAGCAGCUGACAUUCAAGCGCGCCAAGGAAGCGCAGGCGGCGGCCGGAGCCAAUGAGCUGCCCUGCCUUCCCAAGGCAGACGCCAGAAGGGAAGGGUAUGGAGCAGCGCCCGCGCCCAACGCGUCCGAGGCGUCUGAGGUGAAGCGUGAAGGCGGCGGAUGGCUGCAAAAGUUCUGGUGACUUGAAAACUCGAGUCGAGACUCGACCCGAACGCCGAACGAGGGAAGACACAGCUGCCCGGCGAUCCACGACAAUGCCCUGCCCGGCGUUUGAAUUCGCGGGACGCAGCUUUUGACUCUGCGUCCGCGUCGCAAGCGCCC